AUGAGCCGCAACAGAGACACUGUCCCCAUUCCAACAAGCAUUCCCGACACUCAAAAUGGUGUUACAUAUAAACGACUUCAUUACUUGGGAAAAGGAGGUUUUGCCAAGUGCUAUGAGUUCCAGAACGCUGCCACUGGAGAAAUCGUCGCUGGAAAGGUCGUCCCAAAAACUUUACUGACCAAGCAGCACCAAAAGGAGAAGAUGAUGCAAGAGAUCGCGCUCCACAAGACACUAAAGCAUCGAAACGUGGUGAUGUUCAAAAGCUCCUUCCAAGAUCCGAACUUCGUCUACAUUACCUUGGAAAUCUGCAAGAAACAGUCAAUGAUGGAGCUUCACAAGCGACGAGGUCCACUUACUGAGCCAGAAGUCAGAUAUUAUAUGAAGCAGAUUGGCGAAGGAAUGGACUACUUACACAACACGAUGAAAAUGAUUCAUCGGGAUCUGAAGCUGGGAAAUAUCUUCAUUAACAGCGAGAUGGUCCUGAAACUGGGCGAUUUCGGGCUAGCCACAAGAAUCAGCUCACCAGAUGAGCGAAAAAAGACGUUGUGUGGAACGCCAAACUACAUUGCGCCGGAGAUUCUGACCAAAAGUGGUCACUCCUUUGCUGUCGACAUGUGGUCUUCCGGUUGCAUCAUGUACACGCUUCUUGUCGGGAAGCCACCAUUCGAGACCUCAUCGCUCAAGGAGACGUACAGUCGCAUCAAGCGAACAGAGUAUGUCAUCCCCGAGGAUACUGUCGGCCCUGCUGCGUCUAAUCUCAUCACAUCGAUGCUGAAAAACAAUCCAAAGACGCGUAUCACGGCGAAAGAAAUGCUUGACCACGAGUUCCUCACGGAAGGUUACCUUCCCAAGCGGCUUCCGACGUCGUCACUCACUGUGCGCCCGCAUUUCACCGAGCGCCAGAUGACUUUCAACACGACGAAGAAGCCACUGAUCGCCGUCGACAACAUGCCCGAAGAGGACGAACAGCAAGGCUACGCGCGGCCUACCAUUCGAAAAUCACUCAUGCCGAGCGAUAUGCCUGUCAUAAAGGUCGAUCCGAACACCAAGCGCCUCCAAAAGAAGCGCGAGGACAUCGACGUCCUCUACAAUAUGCUGCAGGAGACCAUUCUCAAUGCCGUUCGUAUCCUUCCAGAAAUGCCUGAGGACGCUGAGCAUCCGGCAUCAUCUCCUGUCUAUUGGAUCUCCAAAUGGGUCGAUUAUUCGGACAAAUACGGAAUCGGCUUCAUGUUGUGCGAUAACUCCGUCGGAGUUUUGUUCAACGACGCCACACGAGCGAUGCUGCACGCCAAUGCGAAUAACAUGCAGUACCUGGACAAGGAGUUCCAGGAGAGCUUCUUCACCAAGAAUGACUUCCCUCAGGCAGUCAAGAAGAAGGUCUCGCUCAUCGACUACUUCCGCAAAUACAUGAACGAGCAUUUGCUCAAGGCGGGAGCAGCAGCGGCACCUAAGGAAGGCGACGAGCUCUCUCGUCUCCCUUAUCUCCGAACAUGGUUCCGUACUCGAACCGCCAUUUGCCUGUGGCUGUCUAACGGCUCAAUGCAAGUGAACUGGUUCGAGUCCCACGAGAAGGUCGUUUUCUGCCCGAAAAUGAAAGCGAUCACCUUGCUCAAUCAGGACGGCUCAACGCAGACGUUCCUGACGCGCAAGCUCAACAAGUUGGGAAUUACGGAGGGCAUGAAGGAGAAAAUCAAGUACGCCAAGCAAAUGGUACGCAAGUGCCGCGAGGGACUUGAGCAGGAGGAGCAACAAAAUCGACAGCGAAUGAGGGAAAACCUCCGACCCUGA